GAGAUCACCCCAUAUCGUAGCUAAGGCAUUCUCUCAUUCAGUAAUCAAACAAGUCUAAGAAAGGAGGAGGAGGAGGAAGAAUGGAAGGAAGAAGCAUUGCAGUGAUGAUAAUGGUGGUGAUGAUGGUGGUGGUGGUGAUAGUGGGAGCAGAAGCCGCAGGAGGAGAUGAGUGUGGGAGAGCAAUCCAGGCGAUAUCACCAUGCUUGAGUUAUCUUAUCAAUGGGCAGUCGGUGCCUGAAAAGAACAGCCCUUGUUGCAGAGGUGUCACAAACUUAUAUGCGCACGCCACUUCCACUCCCCUUAUACAGAGAGUGUGCAAUUGUAUCAAGACCGCGGCUUCUACAUAUAAUCUCAAUGAUCAAGCUCUCCAAAAUCUCGCUCCUGCAUGUGGUCUCCACCUUAGCUUCACGAUUUCCAAGAACAUUGAUUGUUCAAAGAUCCAUGUCUGAGGGGAGGGGAUACAUGAGUGCUUGCUUGAGCAGCAUCUCCAUUUGAAAUAAACCACUUCUUCUUCAGUUGACUGGCUUCUCUAUGUUCUUAUUGCACUAUGCAAUGACUGUGAUUGCUUGUGAGACUCUUUAUAUCCUCGCUCUCAUUCUCCCACCUGAAUAAACUUGGGAGUUCUUGAUCAAUAAUAAAAACCCUAAAAAGGAUGAUUCUAUAUUUAAAUUAAAUGAGCAUAAUUGUUCAAAUUGUCUUUUGAUUA